UCUCUCACACUCACACUCACAAACACUCACACACCUCAGUGAAAGCCUCUCACAUUCCCACAAGCGUAGAAGCGCUUUGGAGGAAUUGGCUGCCUCGUCUUUCUCCGGAUCAGAGGAAUAAAGACACGCUUUACACGCCGGUUUACACUGCUCACCGUUUUUCUUAAAUCUUGCUGCUGAGAUUUUCUAAAAGGAGAUUUUUUUUUGUCCUUUCUUUGAGGUGAAAUCAAGUUUUUGGACGCGAACAUCGGGGUAGCGAGAGUUUUACGCGUUACAGCCAGGAGGGACCUCACAUCAGCGGCUUUUGCAGCCUUUUCCCCAAUGAAACAAGGGCUGUUUUUCCGCUGGGGAAUUACAACCUGAGUGUUUACGACUUUAAAUAGGCGGAAUGUUUUAAAGGAUUUUCCCUCGGUCGUAAUAAGGAGCGUGUUUCACCGCCCUCAUUGUCCUGAGCGCACAUUCUCUCCAUAUGGCGUAAAACGUGUUCCGCGCUGAAUAAAGUCAAAUAGACACUUUAAAAAGGUCGCAAACCCAACUCGACCCAGACAAACUGUAAUAAUGACAUUGCAUCGUCUCCAUUAAGGACCUUGGUUGUGAGUAAAGACUGUGCGGUUGUUUUCCAAACCCUGCAUGGGAGCUGAACUGUCUCCUGUCAUCUUCAUUUUCUCCGGCAUGGCAUUUCUUCGGAAGUAGCCUUCAAAGUGGAAGAUGGCUUUUUACUUUCCCCCAGGUUACAGCCUAACCCCCCUCCAUGCCUAAGGGCACAGUGACUGAGAAAACUCGGCUUUUUGCAAAGGUUAAGUAUGACUGCAGCAGCAGGUGUGCUAACUGGCUUGGCUAAGCUAAAACGCCAAGACUCUGCCCGCUCUCAGCACCGGCCCAUACCACCUACAUCGCCAGGCCUGGGAAACCCCACCCCAGAGGCUGCCCCCAGAAAGCGCAAACGACGCACCGAUGUUGUGGUAGUACGCGGUAGGCUCCGCCUCUACUCCGCCUCUGGGUUUUUUCUCCUCCUGGGACUAGUCAUCUUGGCCAUCGGGAUCGGCAUGGCAACACUGGGUUACUGGCCGCACGGUGAAACAAUGCCCUCGGCCAAAUUGCCGACUGGAGGAGGAUCUAAGACAGCAACUGCUGGAGGAGCUAAAACAUCUGCCACAGGCGAAGGAAAUGAAGCCAAGAUGGCCGUCACAGAGGUGGACGUGGGUAACUCCAGCACGAGUCAUAAUGUGCAAGAUACACCCUCCAAGCAGACUGGGGGCGCUCUGACGCGGUUCCUGGAACAGCAUCUUCACUCUGAGAGGAUGAAGAUGCUCGGGCCCUUCACCAUGGGCAUUGGGAUUUUCAUCUUCAUCUGUGCUAAUGCCAUUCUUCAUGAAAACAGAGACAGGGAAACUAAGAUAAUCCAUAUGAGAGACAUGUACUCCACAGUCAUUGACAUCCAUCGCCUCAGGCAGAGAGAGCACAAACAACACCAUCACCGCAACAGCACCUAUGCAAGAGAAGUUGGGGAUCUUCGAGCCUUUGGAGCUGAUAACGCAGCACGGUUGGCCAGCAACUCCCUCCUCGCGUUCUCCUCUCGGGCCGGAGGUGGAGGGUCCACAGAGGAGGAGGAGGUGCUGUUAGGGGACGAGGAGUUUCACAGACACAGGGAGCAGGCUAAGUUGGAUUGUAACUUUGCGGGGCUGCUGGCGCCGCUCUACAAGGAUCGCCCUUUCUGCGGCCCGGGGCUCGGGUUGGCUCGCUCGGAUUCGGUGCGCCACCAGUGGUCGGUGGACGGAGAUGGGGAGAAGGGAGGACACCAUGCACGCUUUAUUGUCUCCUCCUCUAUCUCUGCAUUUACUCUCCCUGUUAUAAAACUCAACAACUGCGUUAUUGAUGAACCAGAGAUGGAGGCGAUUACUGAGGAGGACAGAGGAGGAGGCAGAAGAGACGGAGAAAGGUCACAGCCUCUCAGCUCCAUGGAGUCUCUGGUUGUUCCUGUAGCAUCUGUUGCUAAGGCCUCCAAACCACCGGGCUUACAACGGAGUAACUCUGCCUCCUCCUCUUCCCACUGCUCCUCGGUCUCCUCUUCCUCCCUCUCCCCAGCUCCCUCCUCUACCUCAGGCUGCUGGCUCUCCCCGGGAGCAGCAAGGAGUGACUUUGGCUCCAACUCCUCUCUGCACAUGCUCAGCAGCCACUCCAAAUCUCUGGACCUGGAGCGCAGACCGAGCAUGCUCAGUGUGCACCCGGAGCAGCGGAAGCACCCCAGCUGGCCCCGCCUCGACCGUAGCAACAGCAGCCGCAGUACCGGUGGCAACCGGGGCAGCAGCAAAGGCUACAUGCGGCUGGAGGACAGGGAAGAGCAAGGGGAGCGGCUGUUAGAUGUGUCACCGUCCGUGACAGUGAGGCGCGACUACAGUAAGCGGGAGAAGCUGCUAAUGAUAUCGAGGUCGCAUAAUAAUCUGAGCUUUGAGCAUGACGAGUUUAACAGCAGCACACUGAAGAGGGGCAGCUCUGAGACUCGAUUCUGAAGACCAUGAACUAAAGGUUGAAGACAGUUCUGUCCUGUUCUGUAGUAUCCUUUCCAGACAGUAGUGACAGAGCGUACAGUGCGUUUGUGUCAGACGGAAACUGAUGAGUUUAACAGCUGCACCCUGAAGAGAGGAAGCUCAAAUGUGGUUUCAAAGACACUUUACUUUUUUGAGCAGCAGGCUGGAGAGAAGUUAGUAAUGGACCAUCUUGCAAGGUAAAAGGUUCAGGUCUCAUGUCAGCAAGACACUAAAUGCCUACUGUACCAGGUCCAGGGGUGCUGUAGCUGACCCUGACCUCUGACCUCUGUGGAGGGAGACAAUUGAAAAAAGAAGUUCCCUACAGGGAUCAAUAAAAAAUAAAUCACAUUACAUUAUCUGUCUGCUUUAUACAUACAUAGUUCUAAUAAAGUUUUAACAGGAUCUCAACCCUGAGACAACGCUUUAGGAGCGAUACUGUUUCAAUAUAACAGGUUUUGAAACUUGCUUUUCUGCUGGUGAAAUCAAGGACACACUGGAAGCACUUUGAGCAUGUUUCUUCCUCAGGUUAGCAGUGACACAAAGUCAAAUCUUUAAUAAAAAGGUGUAGACACAACCCGAGAAAUGAGCAAGAGAAGAAGCUUCAUAGACAAUAUUACAAUACAAUAAUAGUAAUAUUAAUGAUUUUAGCUUGUAUGGCACCUUUGAAAACAAAGUUACAAAGUGUUCAAUAGGGUUGUAUAGAGGCUAAUCUACCGGUCUUGACACAAAAACAUAUGAAAAUUAAACUCAUCCAGAAUCAGCUUGUAACUUAUAGCCUUGGUGUAAACCUAUAUAAGAAUACGUAAUGGCAUACUGCAGCGACAAGGCUCUAAAAUCCAAAAGUUAUAGAUAUUAGUGGUAAAGUAUUUGUUUUAAAGGUGGUUUAUGUGUGUUUGUGUGUCUGUCUGAUCCUCAGAUUGUAGCAGAUGUAGAGAUCCACACAAAGAGCAAAGUCAGACCAACUCAGUUACUAUUAAUGUCAAUACGCUACAGCACAGAAUGAGUUAAAUCAAGAUGCUAGGCUGUGAAAUACAAUAAUGGAGUCCAUAUUGCCCUGCAGUCACAAUAUUGCUGCCCUUUCCCAAGAACUAUAGUGAGAAGUUUUGUGUGUCCGCUACUGUAAACCAUAAGUAACAAUCUCUGUCUCUGGCUCUGCUACAGGCAUUUAAGUUUAUUUUUUACUAGAAAACAUUGACUUCACUCAGGAUAUGCAGUCUGUCAUCAUAUUUUGGCUCUGGACUAUUGAAAAAACAAUAUUUGAAACAAAAAUCAGUAUAAAAGAGAGCGUGAUGUACUGACAUUGCACUCGAGCCAAUCGAGUAAAUCACCAUGUACAGACUUAUCUUGUACUAUGGGAGCUGUAAUAUUAAAGUCCAUCUGAAAUUAAAUAGCAUUUUUUUUUAUCUGCUACAGCAUACAUAUCUGCUCUGUAAAUCACUUGUCUUGUGUUCUUUGAGAAAAAAAUCAGAAACCAAAAGGAAGAAAUGCCUUUUUCAUAUUUUCUGGUUUCAUGAUAGUGCCCCUCUACUGUACGUAGACCUUAUUUCGAUACAGCCAAUCUAAUCUUGAAUAAAGCAGUUAACGUCAGCGUUCUAUCACAGACAGAGCACAUGGUCAAACUGAGCCAGACAGCAGCUACGCAACACAAGAGCCACAGACUCUGAACAACAACCCACAUUAGCUUUCCUGCUAAAGUCUCCUUGUUAUCUGCAAACAUGAACACACGUAUUGUCAAGCUUGUUGAACGAGCGACCAAACAAACAUUCGAAAAGUGGACUGCUAACAUCAGCUUGCAGGCUAUAUCGCCAACUAGCUAUUCAGCUGCAGCACAUUAAACAGCAUGUAAACAUACCCGCAAAUAUCACUUCAGCCUGGUUAGAAACUGGUGUGCUCCUUACUCUUCAAAACCACAUUUAUGAUCUUUUCCCAAAGACCUUAUUUCUUACUUUUAAUAAUAAAAAACUAUUAACAAUACAUUUAAAAAACAUGUUGAUAUUUUUUUUGACUACAAAAAGGGAUGACAAAACGUGAUUUCAGUUGGACUUUAAAAUGUGAGCCAUGCUGUUUUCUGCUACAGUCCCCGUUGACGACACAUUCUGUGUUGUUUUUUAUUUAUUUAUUUAUUUCACAUGGUGAAUAUUUGACAAUAUUCGCCAUGUGAUGAUGAUUGCAGGUUUCAGGAAUUCAGCCACUGAGCAACAUAGUAAUAAUGUCUCAGCAUAUUUUGUUAUUAACAUGUUGACAAGGUGACAAGACAUUGCUCUUGUCUGUCGUCAGUAUAUGAGCUGAUAUGUUGCCUCCAUAUUGCUCAGUAUUUCUGUUUCAGGUUUUGUUUGGUUUCUCAGCUACCAUAACAAUACCGUAACACAUUUAUUAAUGUCAUCAAAACAUCUUCUGUGCUACUUUUAAUGCAACACAUGUGAACAAUAAAACAUCAACACCACAUGUGUGUUGAAAUAGACAGAGCCCUUUUUAAGAGUGCAGGAAUCUUGCCAGAGCUUCAUUAACUGGUUCCCUGCAGUUUAUGAGUCAAUGUCCAAUUUUAUCCUCUCUCAAAAUAAACAGUAUUUUCACUGAAA